AUGGCGUCUUUGGCCACUGCUUUGACGUCUUCCAAAACAAAGUUCAGUAAUGAACUGACUUACAUGCCUAAUACGGCUCCUAGAUCUUCCAAUCUGGCAAGUUUGGAGGUAGGCGGUAUGCAGGCUUAUCGCAAUAUUAAGGAUAUGACCUUCCUCGCCGAAUAUGCUGGGGACGUCGAUUACCUGGAGAAGAGAGCAAACGAUGAUAUUGACUGUAUUAUGUCGCUCCUCCUGACAGCUGACCCAUCCCAAGGGCUGGUCAUUUGCCCUGAUAAGCGGGGGAACAUUUCUCACUUUAUCAGUGGCAUCAAUAACCACACACAGGAUGGCAAGAAGAAGCAGAAUGUCAAGUGUGUGCGGUAUGACAUCGAUGUGGAGAGCCAUGUCUUGUCGGUGGCCUGCCGUGAUAUAGCUUGUGGCGAAAAGCUAUAUUACGAUUACAAUGGAUACGAGCAUGCUUAUCCCACCCACCAUUUCCUCUAA